AUGGAUCCAAGAGUACAGAUACGAUCUCGUUCAUCCACGUAUGUGUCAGGGAGAAUGGAAGAAGAGAAGAAGAUAACUAGGUGUUGUAAUGAUUGCAAAACCACCAAGACACCAAUGUGGAGAGGUGGACCAACUGGUCCUAAGUCACUUUGCAAUGCAUGUGGAAUCAGAUUCAGGAAACAGAGACGAUCAGAGUUAUUGGGUAUUCAUAUUAUUCACAGACACAAAACCUUAAACUCCAAAAAAUUAAAUCCAAAAACUUCAUCAUUGUCAUCACACGGUGGCGUGGCUGUGAAGAAACGUAGGAGGAGUCUAAAGGAAGAAGAACAAGCUGCUUUGUGUCUACUAUUAUUGUCUUGUAGCUCUGUUUUUGCCUGAGAGAAAGAAAAAACAGAGCAUGUCUCGCUGAAACACACUGUUUUGUAACUUUUGUCCUCUGUUUUGUUGACCUUCUAUAUUCAUGUUGGGCCUA